GACAGGUUGCUGUAAAACGGGGUGAGUGACAACAUGACUGAGCGUUUUGACUGCCACCACUGCAAUGAAUCUCUCUUUGGCAAGAAGUACAUCCUGAGGGAGGAGAACCCCCACUGUGUGGCCUGCUUUGAGGAGCUCUAUGCCAACACAUGUGAGGAGUGUGGCCAGCCCAUCGGCUGCGACUGCAAGGACUUGUCCUACAAAGAGAGGCAUUGGCAUGAGGGCUGCUUCCACUGCUCCCAGUGCAAGAGUUCGCUGGUGGACAAACCCUUCGCGGCCAAGGAGGAGCAGCUGCUCUGCACCGAUUGCUAUUCCAACGAGUACUCGUCCAAGUGCCAAGAAUGUAAGAAGACCAUCAUGCCAGGAACUCGCAAAAUGGAGUACAAGGGCAGCAGCUGGCACGAGACCUGCUUCAUCUGCCACCGCUGUCAGCAGCCCAUUGGAACCAAGAGUUUCAUUCCUAAAGACAAUGAGAAUUUCUGCGUGCCCUGCUAUGAGAAGCAAUACGCCCUGCAGUGUGUUCAGUGCAAAAAGCCCAUCACCAUGGGAGGUGUUACUUACCGGGAUCAGCCUUGGCACAAGGAGUGCUUCGUGUGCACAGCCUGCAAGAAGCAGCUGUCAGGGCAGCGCUUCACAGCCCGGGAUGAGUUUGCCUAUUGCCUGACCUGCUUCUGUGAUUUGUAUGCGAAGAAGUGUGCUGGAUGUACCAACCCCAUCAGCGGACUUGGAGGCACCAAGUACAUCUCCUUUGAAGAACGGCAAUGGCACAACGACUGCUUUAACUGCAAGAAGUGCUCCCUGUCCUUGGUAGGGCGGGGCUUCCUGACAGAGAGGGAUGACAUCCUGUGCCCUGACUGUGGGAAAGAUAUCUGAAGGCAACACGGAAGUGCAUAGCUGUGGUCUCACACAAAAUUUAUUUGUUUUCUCUCAACCAGGCAACAUUUGUGUUCUGGUGCUCAGCAGCCACCUCAAGUCUUUCCACUCUCACCACCCAAGCUAUUUUCAUGUUCACUGAAGCCCUUUUCAUCCUUUGUUCUAGUUUGGCCCUAGGAGAAAGAAAGCCCUUCUGUAAACCCUGGGUUUGAGUUGGUUUGGAAUUUUUGUAAUCAAGGAAAACAAACCCAACUGUAAACUCCCUGUUGAAUGACGUCUUUAUAAAUGCAUCUUCCUUUCACUGCCUAUUUAAUUUUUUAAGUGCAAUUAACAUUUGUCACAAACUUGAAAGUUUGCCCAGGAGUUGGUAUCUGCAGCUCUAUAACUUCCUGUUAUGUAAAGCCAAGAGCAAGAUUCUAUGACUUAGAAUAAAAUUAUUUAGA